UUGUGAUGAUCUAAUUCAGGAAAUUGAAAGCAUUUUCACACAACAUCUCAGGAUUAGCCUGGGUCUUUAAGGGUUAAGAUUAGGCUCCUAAAAAUUACCUCACAGAUAGCUGAACUAUACAGGCAAAAUAAUUAUGUAAAUUUUUAUGUACUUGUAAAGAUGUACACAAUUCAUAGGCUACGUUUUCUUGAAAGCAGUUUCCUGCAUAUACUUAAUUCAUUACCUACUAAAUCUCUUGGGAAAAUACGAGUACCUAUAUUGGUUGUCCUCCGUUUUUACAUCGAAAUAGGUAUUUUUAAAUCCGGUUUUCGUCUUAUAAAAUACAAAAAAUGAAUUUCAAAAAUGCAAAAAAAUCACUACAAAAAAUCACAAAAAAAUAUGUAUAAUGAAUUAUUGUACAUACGUAUUACGCUCGAAAUCAGUGCUUUCAAGGGUCAUUGCAUGUCAAAUCAUUUUUAACAUCAUUCAUUUUUUCAAACUUUUAAAAUUUACAAUGGAAAAUAGAAAAAUAUUUUCAAAAUUCUGUACUUAAUUACUUGCCAACCCAUCAUUGAGAAAUCGGAUUUUUCAUUAUGCAAAUUUUCAAACAAGAUUUUAAAAUUUUGAAAAAGUAAAAAAUUUACAAAAUUUCAAGCAUACUCAUAAAAUCUUGUGCUUACGCCGCAGGUGAAAAAAAGAACUUUUCAGCAGAUCACAAUGUAUCAGUUUCGUCAAUAGCAGGAACUAUACUCGCAGCUAAUCAAGGUCCAGCGCCGACUUGUGUAAUGAAAGUGUUGACUCCAACUGGGCAAGAGACUCACUCUGCAGAGCUCAGCGAUGAUCUUAUAUUACAAGUGGAUGUGCAACCAUCCAACGUUUAUGGAGGAUUUGUCAGAAGUUGUCAUGCAGAGUCGCCAACGCGAAAAGAUGAAGACUAUUAUGAUAUUACGGAUGCUUAUGGUUGUGCUACGGAUCCGACUAUUUUUGGCAAAUGGGAGUACAACCAAAGCACGCGAUUUUUGACUGCCAAAUUCAACGCUUUCAAAUUCGCAAAUUCUGAUGAUAUAACUUUCCAGUGUACGGUUAGAACAUGCUUAGGACAAUGCCAACCAGUAAACUGUGGACGUGGAGGUAACGAUGCUUUUGGAAGACGUAGAAAAAGACAAAUAUCAGAUGAAAUUAAUUGCUCGACUGCGAUUCGAGUAUCAUAUAAAACCAAAAGAAACUAACUCUAAAAAUAAUGGAGCAGAAGAAAUCAGAACGAAAAAAACUCGAUGAAGCGCGAUCGAGGGACAUUUUGAAAGACCACUUUUUCAACCUUUUGGUAAAAUGGAUACACCGCGAUCACUUGAUCAUUUUUUGAGGGUUCAACUGUCUCGAUAUAACAAGAGUUCACACUGCUGAUUAAGACCAUUGUUAUGUACAUACAAGUAAAUAGAUAGAUUAGUCAUAGAUGACGUCUUAGCUACCUACUACCUAGUUAGUUUUGCAGUCGAAUCAGUUCGAUUAUGUUUGUUAAUCAAUAAACACGUUUAA